AUCACCACCACUACCAUACCUGGAGACACUGAUUCCCCUGGAUAUGACAAUGACUCUGCUGACACACUUGAAGACACCACCUUCACCACCGCCCCUGUAGAUACCACAGUUCCUAGAGUCAUCAACACCACUGCUUUCCAUGGAGACACCCCCAUGAAUCCCCGAGACACCACCACCGCCAUGCCUGGAGACGCUACAUUCCCUAGAGACACCACCACCACCAUGCCCGGAGACCCUACAGUCCCUGGAGAGACUACCAGUGCUACCCCUGUAGAUAGCACAGUCCCUGAAGAUAUCAGCACCACUGCUGCCCAUGGAGACACCCCCACAGUCCCUGGAGACACCAACACCGAUGGCCCUGGAGGCACCACUGUCCCUGGAGAUGCAGCUGCCACCACAGAGGAUGCUGGAGAUGCAACCAUCCCUGGAGCUUUCCCAGUCCCUGGAGACGUUCCUGCCACCACAGAUGGCACCAGAGAUGGCACUGAUACCCCUGGAGACACUGCUACUGCUGCCCUUGGUGAUGAUGGGGAUGAUGCCCGUGGAGGAAACACCGCAGCCACCACCCCUGGAGAUGAUCAUGAUGCCCCAGGAGACACCAGGGCCCCCGAAGCGUCCACCACCCCCGCGCCCCGGACCCCCUGGCCGUACCGGUCCAUGGGGCUCAUCAGCUUGCUCUGUCUCUUCGUCACCGUGGGCCUGCUCACCGGGAUUGUUGCGGUUGUCUGCUAUGUGAAGGUCAUUACCAUCAGCUCUGCCACCUUAACGGAAUCAGUGGCGAGUUCCUUUCCUUGAGGUCCUUCUAUGUGGUGGAUACCCCCAGAUCCCCAAUAUGCCACCCUGGGAGGAGGACUUGGGGUGAGUUGCCCACAUGGGCUGCAAUGGAAUAUGAGAAAGACACUCAUCUAGCCACCCCCUCUUUAAUAGCAUAGGUAAUCAGAGCCCACUGUCCUAGGGAAGACUGCAGCAUCGCGGUGUUUCAGGAACUGGAUGAAGGAGACUGAAAAGUAUAUGGGACUGGUUCAUCUAAUCACAAAAGCCACCUCUGGUCCAUACAGAAUCGGAGCAAGAGUCCAUUCAAUUUGGGGUCCCACCAUCUGCCCUUGCGAGUCCUUCUGGCACAUAUGGGAGCAGACCCAGGGGUCCAUCCUUCAUUGGAUCAGAACAGGCCCCCUUUAGCCCAAUACUGCAGCUACUCGGAUACCUGAUGUGCAGCAUUGCUUUGCGGCUGUUAAGUGGCUUCCACAAACCCACCCCAGAGAUGGCUGCAGUUAAGCGCCGGGCAAGCGAGCCCCAUGCUGCAUUGCUGUGUGGGUGUUAUCCACCUGUCCCGCCACAAUGCAGCAGUAGGUGUGUGAGCUUAAUAGCAGUUUGUCAAACUUUUGAGGUGAACCCCUCGUUGU